AUGCGGAUGCAUCUGACCUCUCCACCUCCGUCCCAAGCACUCCUCGAACUGCAAAAGCAAGGGCUAGAACUCGCAGUCUCUCCUCCCUCGCAUUCUCUCCAGGUCGCUCCACAUCAUGCAUCUGGCCGAUCGACACCGUCGGACUUGGACAAACCACUGCCACUCGAACCCUUCGAGGAGAAGACGCGAAGGUCAUCAAGCGUCUAUAGUGUUGAUCGGGGUAGCGUUUACAGUACCGACACUACGAUCACGAAUAUCCUCCGCCUUUAUGGCGAGUACCGUGAGCUUGACGACAUUCCGCCGAUGCCGGUAUUGCACCAACCACAAGCCUAUCGAGAUACCGUUGCACCGCUCCUCAUCCAGCGACUGAAUCUGAGCCAGAGUCCUUCUCCCCUGCCGAUGGUGAAUGACGCUCCGCGCAAGGCACCAUCCACCGUGUCCCUUCGAUCUGCCGCUCCACAAUCGGAUGCAAUACCAAGGAACAAGGACGCUCCAACGUUUACUGAGUUCUCUCGUCAGCUUCAGGAGCGCAGGGACCAACUGGUAUCGCCGCAAUCGAUCUCGUCGGCGGACAUACAUCGACAAGCAGCUUACGACCAGUUGGCUCCACCUUCACCGCAAGUUUCAUCCAUUGAGAUGCCCAUAUCGAUGUCCCACACCCCCCCUUUGCCAGAUGCAAUCUCAGUAACGAUAUCCGAUGCAAGUAACUCUGACCUCCUCCCGCCUCCACUGGCAAUGAGCAGCUCCAGCCUUCCAAGCCCUCCCUUCGACGAUUGGGAGAAGCCUGCUGAGUUCAACCCUGCCCGCCAUCAAGACCCAGAGGAGAGCCCAUUGUACAAUCAUGGACGUAAUAAGAGCUGGUCACCGAACUGGUUGGAGCAUGGCUUCGUCAGCCAGAGUCCUAGUAGUUCCCCAGUGGAAUCGCGGCCGAGGCAGAGUUUCCGACCCAGCAGCCCAUUACCGAUAGGAGAGCGAGAGCCUCUCACACCAGAUGCCGAAGCACCUUCUCCGAGCAAGAAGAGGGAUAGCCGAGAUCAGAACAACGCACCUAAGGGUAUUGCCAGAUCCAGUGUUCAACAAGGGGUUGGCACUCUUCUCCGGUCACUUUCUCGCAAGAGUGCGGCAGAAGCCAAAGAAUGGCCCGAAGACAAUAGCAAUCCGCCGCGCGAAAGGCAGCUGGCUAUUCCUGCCACACCGUAUCAAGUGUAUGGUGCCGAGAUCUUCUCGGGCAAGCUGCAGAAGAAACAGCAGAGAGAGGCUGAAUACCAGGCUCAGCAAGCCCAAGAAGCUCAGCGUGCACGUCGGCAGAGGGGGAAAUCGAUGAGUCUAGCUUCAGCAUAUCACAAAGGACAGAACGGCCUUGUUGCAGGCUUACGGAAGUUGACGACCAAAUCGUCGCAGAAGAGACAACGGAAGCUGAAGGACAGUAUCAUCUUGGUGGGCACGGCCGAGACAUGCAGUUCGAUAGGCGCCCUGCGGCAUUCCACAAUUGAGAGGGAGGACUCGUGGAUCUAG